AUGGUAUCACUGCAGACGAACAUGCAGAUCCACGAUGAUCUUGCAGCGCUCUUCUCGCGAAACAUGACUUUCAACCCAGAGGCUGUUCCCAAGGAAAUGCCCCAGGAAGAGGCUAUUCCCUCUCAGCAGAUUGUUUAUUCCGUAUCACAGCACUAUAACCACUCGGCUCACAUUGCGAAGCCUCAGCUCCAGCAGUCAGACUCACAGAGACGCUCAUCAGAGCCGCCACAGACUGAGGUCGUUUCAUCCGAGACGAUAUUACGGAAUCACGGCGUUGAUCCCUCCACUCUCACGCCCUCACAGCUACAGCUUUUCCGCAUAGCAGACAUCACCCAAAAGAGGCGAUUGGUUGAGCUUUGGAGUAUCUGUCCUCCUACUAGUGGUGGAGACAUCCCUGCUCUUGCUUGGAGCAGCACGACGAUGGACCAAGAGGAGCACUUGGCUCAGCUGCGUUAUGAGAAGCAGCAGCAGCUUAACAAUGUCAUGAGCUUAGACGGCACGACAGUCCAGAACUCAAAUAGCACAUGGGUCCAUCAAGCCAGCCAGGAGAGCGAGCCUUACAUGCUGUCUGGAUAUGAAGAGAUUAUGCGACGAGAGCGAGAGCGUGAGGAGUCUGUUUCUCGUCCAAGAGACGCAUACAGCCACUUUGGAACCUCUAUUGGCGGUCCAAGCUACGUGCCUUCUACAGACCCCGUCUAUCUCGGAGCCGACUACGCACGACACCAAUUACAGCUGGCUAUGGCUGAACAAUAUGGCGCGUUUGAACAGCAGAGGGUGAAUCAGGCGGUGGAUGUUAUGGAUAUGUAA